CAGGAAAUCCGAUAGACAGUCAAACUCUCGAAAGAGGUGGAUUGGCAAAACUUGCCCACGGCGCACUGGCGAAAAACCGUCAGUUUUCGUGCUUUCUGACAGGGAAACAACACCGUGUACUAUCAGCAGUCCAAUCUACUCCAAUCCCUCAAAAGAAUCGCAAUGAUUACACCACCCACGCCACCUCUUCCUCCGAUCGGCUACCGCAAUCAGCGAUACUCUGACGGCUCGAACGACAAUCAGUAUGACAUGUAUCCUCACGAUCCACGAGCACGUCACAACAUGCAGCAGCCUGUGCCGGCCAUGUCUCCACCACCCGAAUCGUAUCCGCUUGCCCUCACAACCACACGCCGACCCCGGCGCUCAUCAUGGGACGACGACGACGCUCCCUCGCGUAAUCGCAUGCAAUCCUUCGUUUCCGCGACGCAGGAACGCGAGAUGCAGCGGUUGCAUGAGAGGCUGACGGAAAGCGAACGGUCGCAACGGGAGCUUAGUGUGGAGACUGCGAGGUUGCAUGGAGCGCUUGGGCAAUCUUAUCGGAUGCAGGAGGCUGUUAUGGGGAGGGAUGACCGGGUGACAAACAGAUUGUUCGAAGACCAUUUUCAUUUCCUCCGCACGCUCAUGUCCCAAACCGACGCCCAAACCAAUGGAAUCCUUUCCCACCUCCAGCACGAACGCGAGACUACCUCCCACGUUCUAGACAUGCUCCACCAACAUGCCGCCCAACAGUCCUCCAACGCCCAACGACUCCUCUCCUCAGCCAUUGAAGCCGCCCGACACGAAACGGCCGAACUGAUCAAGACCGAGUUGUCAGGUGCCGGUUUUGGGGAGAUCGUCGGCCGGAUUGGCGGGACUGCCGAGCGCGUGCAAAGGGAGAUCGAAGAACUCAGAGGAGAAGUCGGGCGAGCGCAGUCUACCCUUGGAGCGCUGGAACCGCGGGUGACGGCCGAGUUGUGGGAAAAAACUGAGGGGUUCGUAAAGACCGUGUCGCAGGCACUGCACGACGAGAUCGGAAGGGCAGUGGCACAUUGUGACGGCAUCAUUACUGAAAUGCGCACCGAAACAGCAACGAAAAGGGCGGUGCUGGAGCAGGAAGUACGGGCAACUACGGAGCAAUUGCAACGUCGAGUCGAAGAGCUUUCCGCCACGUUGGCUUCGCAGCAUGAGCGGAUUGACGCCAUCGAGCACGGCAUACAUGCGACGGACGCAGGGCUGCGAGAAAUGUUUCAUGAAUACACGUCAGCCCGCGCGUCAGAGACGAGAGAAGUUGUUCGUUCCCUCAAAGUCCUUUCGAGUAUUGUCGUCUCAAAUCGCGAGGAAGAGCGCCGGAAUCGAGAGUCCACCAGGAAGAUUCUUGUCGAAGAGUUUAGGAAAGAGAUGCGUGCGAUGAAGGAAGACUUGGAAACGGAAAUACAACAGAAAAUCAAGCCCUUCAUCGUAGUGUGAGGAAAUGCGGGCCGAUUCCAUGCAGCGCAGCCGUUCGACUCGGAUUACG